AUGGCCAUCGAUAAGGACAUUCAAGAGUUGCUAGUACUCGGAGAUUCAGAUUUGUUGAUUCAUCAGGUUCAGGGGGAAUGGGCUGUGAAGAAUUCAAAGAUUGCACUGUACAUGAAGUUAGUGCAAAGAUUGUGUAAAAGGUACAAUAAGAUCGAUUUUAGGCAUACUCCAAGGUUGCAAAAUGAAUUUGCUGACGCUCUUGCUACUAUCUACUCAAUGAUCAAACAUCUGAAUACAAGUUGCAUUGACCCUUUAGAGAUAUAUUUGAAAGAACAACCCACUCACUGUUCGUAUGUCGAAGUAGAACCAGAUGGAAGGCCUUGGUAUUUUGACAUAAGGAAGUAUCUAGAAAUCAUAACUUAUCCAAAUAAUGCAACCUUCAAUCAGAAGAAAGCAAUACAUCGAAUAGCUAACAAUUUAUUCCCAAGUAGAGAAAUUCUUUAUAGGAGGACUCUAGAUAUGGGACUUCUCAGAUGUGUCAAUGACAUUAAAGCUAUGAAGCUUCUUAAAUAG